UAAAUGAAACAAUGACUCUCAAAGUUACCUCAGAGAGAAUUCAUACAGGUAUACACUGCCUGUUUUGUGUUGUAUUAUUCAUAGCAUGACUUCUUCCAAAGCUUAAGCCUUACUGUACUAUUUGGCAGUAUGCUAUAUACAUGUUUAUCUGUUACGUGCUGUAGCAUUAAAAGACCAGUCACUCAGGCUAUUGGGACCCUACGUAUGUAAUCAACCAGAAGCUAUGUCUUGUUGGAAAGUAGAAUCAGACAAACAAUAUGACCCUUACUAUUGUUAUGGACAGAACAACCGGAGACAAAGAAGGGUUUGGGAACUGGAGCGACACACACAGGAGACUGAAGACAGACGGGAGCUGGAGCGACACACUCAGGAGACCGGAGAUUACUGGAGUCGGGAUUCGGUGAUCGGGGUUCAAAGUGGCGAUAGCCUUGACGUAACGUCGUGGAUGAGUCCGUGGAGUGUUCGAAGGUAGGUAGCAUAGCUCUGUCCUUCAUAUGAACGAGACCGGACACUGACUGAGGUGAGGAGUUGUAAUUUAUAGAGGGGUAGAGUGGCUGAUGACGUUCAGGUGUGUGAUGGGUGACAGGUGCUGGGAAUCAAUAUGCAGGUGAGGGAGUGCAGAGUGAAGGGGAGUGGUUGGAGAGAACAUGACAGACUGUGACAACUAUAACAUAAAAUAUGUCCUAUAGUUCUUUAUUUGGAAGGUUUACAAAACCCCCUGAGGAUUAAGUUACAUAAUGCUGCUCAGCAUACACAUCACUGUUUAUUCCUUCACUCUGGCCUCAUCAACAUUUCUUCAGCAUUCAUGUAUCAGAAUCAUCUGAGGCAUAGAAACGUAGAACCGGAGAACAUCGUCAGCAGUUUGAACACGUGAAAGGUACAGAGUAUGAAGGUGUACAGCAAAUAAAAGACACGGAUACUAAAAUUCAUUUGAAGACAAACAGCUUAUGAGUAAAGUAAAGCAUGAGAGAUGUUUGAAGUGGUAAGGAACAAGGGGUAAAAAAUGAGCGGGGUUGGGGGAGGCUCGUCAGAAAGUGAACGUAGAAGAAAAGAAUGAGAAAGGAGAGUAAAAUGCUGCUAUGAACUUUACCUUGAAGCUCUAGGGGAAGAAUAUGUGCACGUGAUAAGGACUGCAAGCCGUGCAGAGGGAGGGAAGAAGAGGGGAGGGGGAAGCAGUGAUGUGGGGACUGGAGGUUGAGCGCUCUACAGAACACGAGAGAGGCGGAGGAGGGAGAGGGGAGAGGUUGAAUCACAGGGACAGAGAGCUGGAGUGUGAGAGAGGCUUUGCGCUUAAUGUGUGCUUCUCAGGAGAAUGAAUGAUGAGGACUACAGCUCCACUUUCUUCUUCCCCGGAGGAUUUUUAACUGGAUUUUACUUCCACUAAGUCAACGCUUUAAUACUGGAUUGUUUUCCUGUUAUCACCCUCUGUCUGCACAACUGCUUUAUGAUCCAUAACGGUGGAGAUGCUGUUUCCCAGUCCAGGACAUGGUUUCCUGAGCGGCCCUACCACCUACACAUCACAAAGGGUAAAACCAGUCUAUCCUGGGCCAUGACUGCUCUGCUUCCCAACGUCAGUGUUCCUGGGAGUACAGCCGUUCUGCUGCUGACUACAGACUGUCCGUUUAACCUGACUGCAGCUGCUCAGGCAGAACUCGGUUCAGGCCAGUCACUGGCCCCUCUCUGUACCCUCUGUUGCUGUGGAUUUCUCAAUCGCACCUUGGCUGUGGGGUUCAUGGUCAGCCUGGCAUUUGCCAUCGUGGUUGGAAAUGUGGUCACCCUUACUGUCUUUGUGCAAACGAGGCAGUCCCGAACACCACAGGGAUACCUGAAAGUGUCUCUGGCCAUAGCAGACAUGAUGGUCGGUGUCCUUGUGGUCCCUUUCUCUGUCUACACUGAAAUCUCUCUGAUGGUGACCAGCGCUCCCCCCAUUUGGUACCAGGGUAGUUCUACUUCCCCGGCCACCUCCUCUUCUCUCGGGGGCCUAGUGAGCCCUUGGCAGCCCUGCAUGCUGAUUGGCCCAGUGUUCGCUGGAUGCACCUUUGUCUCUAUCAGCACCAUCUUCCUCAUGACACUGGAGCGGAGUGUGGCCAUCCUACGGCCACUCCACAAGGAUGCCUUGGUGACCCGGAGAAGAACUCUGCUCCUCAUCCUGCUCUCCUGGGCUGCCAGCUUCCUGCUGGCUCUUGCGCCUCUCAUUUUCAGUAGCAACUUCACUUUGGAGUACAAUGAGUGUAGUCGUAUGUGUAACUACACUCCACUAUUGUUUGGAAGCCAUAUGCCACCUGAUGCCAACAUUUUGCUGUUAUUCCCAGCUUUUGACUUCACACUGCUCGGUGGCACAUUAGUAGUUAACAUUGUGUCUUUCACUAGCAUCCGACGGUACUCCCGAAAACGCAAACUGCUCUCAGAGGGGAGUUUGAGUGACGGAGGGGGAGGAGGAGGAGGAGGGGGAGGAGGAGGGGGAGGAGGAGGAGGAGGGUGUCCUCACAGGCCCUCCUUUUCAGACAUCAAAGCUGCCAAGACAAUUGGCAUACUAACAUUCGCCUUCACAGCAUCCUUCUCUCCCAUCGCAGUGUUUGUGCUCGGGAACGUGGUGGGAUACACCUGGUGUAACUUUUCCUUUUUUGCCUUCUGGAUCCUGACAGGAAACAGUUGCUGUAAUGUCAUUAUCUACAGUGUCAGGGACCACCGCUUCAGGAAGGGUGUGACCCUGCUAUUUCAGCGAGACCAGUCCCCCCCACAUAGCGAGAAGACCUGAGGGAUACGUCAAAUUCAAAAUGCAACAAGCGUAUGUUUUGUGGCUGCCACCAAGUUUGAUUUUAAAGUAAUAAUUUGACAUUUUGGGAAAUAUGCCUAUUCACUUUCUUGCCAAGAAGAUAGAUGCCACAUCUAUAUGGUAAAUAUGUAGCUUAGCUUAGCAUAAAACCUGGAAAUAGGGGAAAACAGCUACCCUGGCUAAGUCCAAAGGUAACCAAAUCUGCACCUUUAAAGCUCACUACACUUGGGAUUUUGUACAGAUUAAACAAACGAGAUGUACUGUGCUAAUAAGUGAGAUUUAGAGGUGCCGGUAGACAGAUUUUGUUACCUUUGGACAGAGGCAGGCCAGAUGUUUCCACCUGUUUCCAGUCUUUAUGCUAAGCUAACUGUUUUCUGGCUCAAGUUUCAUAUUUGUCUACCGUACAUCCGUAAGAGUGGUAUCAAUCUUCUCAUCUAACUCUUGGCAAGAAAGCUCAUAAGUGCAUGUCUCAAACUGUCGAACUAUUCCUUUAAUUCAAAUGUAAACUCCAUGUGAAAUAAACAAAAAUAGGCCAACCAUACAGAUUGAAAUAGAGAUUCAAAACAGAUUUAAAAAAAGAUUGCAAUUCUUUGUUACUGAGAAUUGUAAAUGGAAACCACAUUUAAAAUUUUUGACCUCCAUCCACAUUCGUCUUUAGACAAACAAUCCUAUAUUUAUGCAAUGCAUGAGAAAACAGUUUUCAGGAUCGGACCAAACACACAUACUGUAGGUCUUGAGGGAAACGGCCAUUCUACUGCUACAACAAUCCACAUCCUGGUCUCUGGUCUCCUUGUCUCGCCUUCUACUAUCGUCAAACCUCUUUCCUGAAGCUUUAUGUCAGACGGUUUUUAUGAACCUUUCAAUAACUUCAGGAACCAAACCUACUGUAUCUCGAGUACUGCACUAACAGCAACAAUAACCACACAGUUAAUGGUUAGUCAUUAGUGGGUUUGUCGUCUAAUAAUUUACAAGGGGUGUUGUUUGUGUAUUUAGAAAUCUUGCUACACCUCUUUGGAAAAAUGUGGAUUACAAAUGUUUUGGUUAAGGGAACAGUUCAUACCAUAGAUUUGAUUUUGUGGUGUUACAUAUAUUUAUUUUUGAGCAUCUAAUUUCAAUCAUUGUGAUAAUAAUCUGCCUCAAGUAUCAGAAAUGCACUUUAUCAGUUACUAUGUGAGUCAAUUGCAUUGUACAUUGUGUCAGACAAUGUUAAUUUUAUACAAGUUUUAUUUAAACUAUUUUUUAAUAUUGGUUAUUUUUGUCUAGCCAACUGUGAAUAAAAGAAUGAUCAGUAUAUUUGUUAAAUCAGUAUAGACUAAAUUAAUGGGCUGCCAACCACAGAGAUUUAGUAUAAAAAGCGUUAUGAUUAUAGCAGACCCUCAUACUGUGCUGGCCUAUCUUUUCAGGGUAUAAUGUAUUUGUAACAUAAAAUGAUCUCAUCAGUGUGUCAGGUAUGAGUCUUGUGUAUUGUUUGGAAUUCUGUAUUGUACAAUUUGACGAUAUAAUAAUAUAUAUAAAUGAAAUUGAACAGCAUUUUGCAACACAGAAUGGUUAUAUAUUCAUUCAUGAUAAAAUUGUUGCAUUUCAUGUCAUUUUGUCACAUUUGACAGGCCUUUGAUAUAGUAACAAUUCAGCAAAAGAAUCAACAAAAAAGGGAAAACUAAUAAACACAAAGAAGAGGAUGUUUUUCUUGCCAUUAAUUUCUCUAAACUCUUUGCAAAUUUAUUUUCUGACUCUACAAACAUUGUUCUUAUAGUUCAAUCAAGAUGAUAGUAAAAGACAAAUCCAUUUUGUCCAGUUUACCAUGAAGUGCCCAUUAUGGGAAUAGUUUGACAUUUUGGAAAAUAUGCUUAUUUGCUCUCUUGCUAAGAGUUAGAUGAGAAGAUUGAUAUCACUUUCAUGUUUGUAUGGUAAAUAUAAAGCUAAAGCCAGGAGAAAAUUAGCUUAGUCUAGUAUAAAAACUGGAAACUCACUAAUUCCCUAAUUCUAGUCCACUAGUUCUACAUUAUAUUUCAUUUGUUUAAUCUGUACAAAAACCAAAGUGUAUAUGAUUUCCAGGAAGUCAGUUAUUUUCACACUUCGGUUUUUGUACAGAUUAAACAAACAAGAUAUAACGUGUUCAUCAGUGAGCUUUAGAGGUGCUGGUAGGCAGAUUUUAUCACGUUUGGACAGAGCCAGGCUAGCUUCCCCCU